AUGAGUUUGACAAACGGAAAAGAUGUUACUGCUACAGGGAAUUCGGAUCACCCAGAGUCGGCGGUUGGGGGACGGUGCUCGCCCCAGGUGUCGUCAUCACCUCAAGUCACCAAAGGUGCAGGUUCGUCGAAGCAGGGACCUUCCGCCGACAACGGAGUCGGUAACGAGACUGCUGGUGGAGGAACUCACGCCUUCACCCGUGGCAGAGAGGCCACCUCAUCUGAGACGCAAAUGACCGCACAACAGAAAAAGGCUAGGACGAUUAACAUUGCUACACUGGGAGAGGAGGAGCUACUUAGUAUGGUGCAGAGCUACAUAACAAAUAUGGUGACCUUUGCGAACAAUACCAGGAACGUCCACAAAGAGCUAAAGGAGACGCUCGCAAAAACGUCCUUGUUGAUGACGCAGUUCAGGAAGGUCAGAGACGCUAAUGCUAACGUAGAACCGUCGAUCAAAUCACCAAGCGCGAAAGGAGUCAGCUCAACAAACAAAAAUCCGGAGUCUAUGGAAAUGAAGAUGAUUAACGCCAUCGAAGAACUGAAGGGCGCUGUCGAGACACAAGGUGAGGAAAUCCGGGCGAUGAAGGCUUCGAAGGAUUAUUCCUGGUCAGAGGCGGUUAAAUUGCGUGCGAUGAAACCGAAUUCUGAUCCAGCCCCCCCUACCCAGCCAGCUUGGACUGAGGUGGUUAGAAAGAAGAAUACAGCCAUGGAGCGAACUAAAAAACUGACUAAUAUGCCUUAUCUGAGGAGGAGGCCACCAGCGGUUAUCAUCGACACGAGUAGGGAAGAUUUCCCGGCUCUAGCAAAAAAGAUUAGAAAUGAUAUAAAGAGUGAAGUAAUCGGGGACCACGUGGUCGGCAUGCGGCAAACAAAGUCAGGUGGACUCCUGUUUGAACUACGUGGCGACCAAGAACAACUUGAUUUAGUUCGAGCGGAGAUCUCACGGUCAGCAGGACCCGGAAUUACGCUGCGCGAGCUUAGACAAGAAAAGCUAUUGGAAAUUCGAGAUUUGGACGAGUGGUCCACGAAAAAGGACGUCGAGGAAGCGAUCGCCCGUGAGUCCCAAGCCACGUCCGGAGUCAGGGUCCUUUCUAUUAGAAAGAAAUACGGAGGCCAGCAGAUUGCGUUAGUAUCGGCCCCCAUUGAAGCGCUAGAGCCUAUAUUGAAGACAGGUCGCCUCCGGGUGGGCAUGAUCAGCUGCAGAGCGAGACUCACGGAACAGAAGGCGAGGUGCUUCAAAUGCUUGUGCCUCGGCCAUAUAGCUAAGGUCUGCCAGGGACCCGAUAGGAGCAGCUGCUGUUGGAGGUGUGGACAGCUCGGUCAUAGGGCAGUUGGGUGCACUGCAACAGCAGAGCAGGCUGCUGUUUUCUCCAAAGAGAUAGCUAGCGAGGUUACCCCUAGGAGUAGACGAGGAACCAUAACGGAGGAGGUUAUCCUUCCCGAUGGUUAA